AGGGCCUACAUUUGAAUUCCCUGCAGCGAUCGCAUCAUCGCCAUACAAAUCCAUUGCUACUUCCGCACCGCCGUUGUUAAAUCGCUUCGGAGCCUCAGGAAUUAUUUGAAACUUCGUUUUUGUACAGACUUGGUGUACUGCUUUAUUUAGUUAGGGUUCGCACAAGAAGCACUGCAAGUUUUGCAGUGGAUUGCACGCUCCGUUGUUGUCUUUGUUGUUGUUGUUGUUGACGUUGCCGCAGGCAUUGGAAUGGCCGCGCUCGACCUGAAUUUGAGUUAGUAGAAUAUGCGCUGCUGUAGCUGCGAUAGAGGCCGUGGAUCUGAGAGACGUUCUAUUAUCGGGGCGGGUGUCUGUUGGGAGGUCGGGGCUAGGGUUUUCUCUUUCUGACUUUAGUUUACUGCAUCGCGAAUGGGAACUCUAGUGGUUGUUGACAAGGGUAGUUUGUGCAAAUAUUGAGCGAGUGUUGGACAUGGAUUUUGGCUUUUCUAGAAUUGGUUAGAAUUUUCAUUUUUAUUUUUAUUUUUAAAUCCUAUAUUGAUUCGUUGUUUCCAUGGUUGUAACGCCACGGACAAAAGGCGUUGGUGACGAUGUUCGGGCAGUGGUAGUGUUACUGGAGCAUUAGCUUUGUGACAGUGAUUUUUUUAGCUGAAUUGUUUCACAGUUCUCCAUGUGCGGAUGUUUGACUCCGCGUACGCGCUCGGCCUUUUUAAAACCUCCUGGAGGACGCCCCCCUCUUGAAUUAAAAAGAGGCGUAACAUGGAUCGGGCGUGGAGACUUUGAUGUGUCUUUGAGGGCUCAACUCCUCUGCAGCAGACGUCAGGCCUGUUUUGAAUUCACAGAUACGGGGUUGCGUCUUGAGUGCCAUGGAUGUAAUCCGGUACUCUUCGUCGUUUGCCACUCAAAAAAUUUCUUCGGCACGGAGGCUACGCCGGCCACUGAGCUAUUUCAGCUUCGUAAAGGUGAAGCAGUGCAGCUCGCUAAUGGUGAUCAGUUCUACUUUGCUGCCCUGGAGUGUUUGCUCACGGUUGACAUCAAUCAACAUGAUAAUGUUCACACUUUAUCGGACUCCAUGCAUUUACCCCUGCUCCAAGCUGGAGAAACAUGUGUGAAAGACAAGGAAAAGGACCUUAUUGGAUACCAUGUUGCUGACGAGCAGGAAAUGAGUGAAAAUUUGCGACAGCGGAAAGGUUUACCUCAGGAUUGCGGUACGAGUAGUCCUGAGAAAUUAUCGUUGAAAGACGGCUCAGACAUGUGUGCGAUUCCUCCUAGGGCAGUGUCUAGUUUACAUGGUCGAGGAGUGGCUAGAUCACAGGAACUCCUCGCUGCUCCCAAGCCCACGGGUAAUCCAAAAGUAAAUUGUCGUCCUUUCGAGAAGUCUAAAGAGGGUAUCUUACGGAACGACGAAGAUGAUUCUGACUCUCUAGCUCUGGAUGUCUUUGAUUGUACACUGCUUGGAGGUGAUACAAGUUUUGAUUUGCGGCAAUCGCCUCUACGCAUUUCGCCGCAGGGAAGGGAGGAAGCAGCUGAACUUGAGGAGAGAAGUUUCCCGAGUGAAUACCCUCGAGCUUCUUCAGAGAAUCGCACAGAAGAGGUUUCGAUUAGCAACACCGUCAAGGCUGUUAAUGAAAUUGUGGAAGACGUGAAGUUGUCCAUUGAUGGUGAUGGAGUUAGCAGACCUUCCUAUGACAUACGGCAGGAUUGUGCAUUCAGUCAGACUUAUUCACUUUCCAAGGACAUAACUCAUGUAUCCGAUGAUAACGGGGAUUCGCCACGUGAAGCAUCUGCACCUAGGGAAAUAACUGGUCAGAUACACACAAAGGACUGCAAUUUAAUAAUGUCGAAUGAAACCAUAAAUGUUCGGUCUCACGAAGACGAAUUACUUCGACCUGAACAGUCGGGAGGCUCGACUCCCGUCACCAUUGCAGAUUGUUCUACUAGACUUGUAAAUCUAAAUUCAGGCGAAGGUGACAGCCGUAGCUUGUCCGGAUUUCCAUUCGUUGAGAACAGGAAUGAAGUACCUGUAAGAAUGGAUGUUGAGGAACACUUAGAAACGGCAGACAGGGUUAACGCUGAAGAAGGGGAACCUGCAGUGACCGCUGAUGCGGAAGAUGAAUUAUGGACGGAUGGGCCUGUUGAGGGUAUGGAUCAAGUAAUUGCAUCUUUAAGUGGUUAUGAAGGUCUUGAUCGACAAAAUCUUGUUAAACUGAUCAACAAAACUGGAGCUGCUUAUACAGGGGUUUUUUCCAAGGCCAACACACAUCUGGUAUGCUGGAAUUUUUACGGUAAAAAGUUUGAUCGUGCGAUGAAAUUGCACAAAGUGGUAAUUAAUCACCAAUGGUUCGAGGACUGUCUGCGAGCAGGCAGAAGGCUUCCAGAAGAUCCAUACAAGCUUCGCAGUGGGGAAGAUGUGGGGCCACUGAAGUGGAAAGCAACUCUUACACCUGCCAUGACGAAACGGGAUGAACAGCACAGCGGAGCUGCCGACCGUCUCCAUGACAAUGCAACCGUUUUCUCCGAUACGAUUGACUUAGAGCUAAAUACGAGACACGGAGGAGAGCAAGUCAUCUGUUCGACGUCUUACGAGAGGAAUUCCCCGGGCAUAGAACAGGCUGGGCCUUCUAACGUAGAAACUGCACCUACUGGGAGCCGAAAGUCACGGAGGUUGAUUAAACGCUCUGGUCUGGAAGUUCGGGUUAGUCCUCUUAAUACCAAGCAAGAUAACAUGAGCAGAGAGGAAUCAUCAGCCCCUGAAUGUUCCGGAAGACCUGGAGGAUCGCAUCGGAGAGGUUAUGGUGAAUGUAGUGAUGCUUUGGAGCAGGGCUACAGAACGAGGCGCAGAAAAUCAGCUAAUGCAAUAUUAUGCCACGAAACCGGUCAAGAGCAGGGGCAUGACUCAAGGCGCAGAAAGUCGGAGAGUUCGGUAUUACACAGGAGGGAUGGUGGUCAGAAUCGGGAAGCUUUUAGCUCUUUACGUGGAAAACCGAGGGGGAGUAAUAAAGAUCAACCUUCUAGUGGAUCUCAGAGAGAGGUCACUGUUAUAAAUCUAGCUGAUGAUGACGAGGACAUGAGGGAGAUUACUUUGCCGAGCUCCCAUGCUGCUAGCCUUCAAACUACAGAGGGCAUUAAUGCCGAUUACGAAGGCAAAAGCUCGCAGAACUCACAAUCCUCGCAACGGGAUAGAGAGGUUGCGUGUGCCAUUUGCUUAGUGGAAGCGAAGUCUUCGUGUAAAGGACUGUUGCAGUGUGGACAUGUAUUUUGUUACAAAUGUAUAUUUACUUGGACUGUACAAGCGGUGAAAGGACCAAAUUGUCCUCUUUGUAAAGCACCAUGCGACUUUAUCACAAAACAAGAAUUGAGUUCGUUGGGAGAAAUUGAGGAAACUGUGGUGGUUGUUGGCAACAGAGAGAAAGGAUUGUCGACAAGAACCUCGCGGACAGUCGUGCUUGACGCUGUCUGUAUUCAUUGCGGGAGUGGUGACUCUGAAUCUCUAUUGAGGAGAUGUGCAACUUGCGGAGAUCGAGCAAUUCACGAAUUUUGUCUGGAUCCUCCGGGCCCACCACCGUGGCUUUGUCCUGGAUGCGCCCAUGGGCAUCACAGAGACUCCAUGAGAUUGGCUUGGAAUCAGUUCCUUUCUGGGCCUUCCACAGCUUAUAAUCCUGACUCAACUCAAGAAUUUAGACCAACGACAAGGUCAUUGAACACACGACGAAGAAAUAUUCAACCUUACAGUCUUCGAAGACCAUCUCGGCCUGUUUCUGCUUAUAGACCGACUCUUCACGCCGAGAUAGCCCAAAGUAUGGGCCCUGUGCGAAGACGGAGCGUGGUAGGUCAGCACUCUCUGCGAUCUUGGCUUGGCAACGACAUUAAUGGUGGUCCUUAAGCAUUUCCUUGGUAGAUUGCCUUGUCCGAGUUAGUGCUUGUUGAUUGCAGUUUUACAUUGAGUGUAAGAUUUUGGGUCAUAUAAUCGUUGACUCAUGUUCUGGUAUCUUUCUGAUAUCAAUAACAUGUGUUGCACCUGAGUGUUGACUUGACGGCGUAUAAAGGGUUACAAUGAAUAGUUA